GGUUCUUCUCGCGCACUGCACCCCAGUGAUGCAUCCCCGACCCGAAAAAAGCGAAGCGAAAACAUAAAACAGUUUGCAAAUUUGUGGUGGAUUGUUUUUGUGCAUUUAUUUUCCGUAAAAGUGAUUUGCAGCAAGAUAGCAGUGUAGAGCAUACAAUUUUGAGCUGCCUGCAAUUGUUAGUUUGAAGAAAAAUUGAUGGUUUCCCCUUCGUUUGUGCUGCAAACCGUCGGUAAACAUGAGCAGUUCGCGUCAUAAACGAUCGUCGAUUCUGAAGAAACGGCCCUCCGUUGAUCCGGCAAGUUUGGAAGGAAGUCCGUCGGAAACUACGACCACGUCAAAGGUGACCAAGCGGAUCGGAUUCAAGCCGAAAAAGUCCGUGAAAGAAUUUUUCGCUUCUGAGGAAACGGCAACGAUUUGGUGCAAUUCUUACGAAGUAUCAGCAGAUGGGACACCUCCGUGUCUGGUUGUUGCGGACGUCAGUACGAUAAAAGAUGCGUCGAAGAUUGAUUGUGCUCCUGGCUCGACAAAAACCGAUAGUUGCCAGACGAACAAUAAAGAAAAUCGUUUGUCCGCGGAAGAGCUAAGAGCCAGUUUUGGGGACAGCAGCAGCAUUUGGAAUUUGUCCAUAUCGGUCAGUGAAGAGGAAAGACGACGACUGAAAGCGGAAAAUUCAGUUCUAAAUACGACAGAUAAACUAACUCAGGAUCCAGUUUCUCUACCGAGGCCAGUUCUGCGACAGAAGCAACUGGAAGUACAGGAGGAUUCCAGCGCCAUGGACAUUAGUCCGGUAAAGUCCGAUGGCAAUAUGGCCUCCCCCAAGAAAAUACUUUACCAUCAUCCCAAACAGAACAUGUUUAUAACGAUUGCGAAUGAAAACAGACCAUCGGUGGCUUCGCCCAACGACUCGGAAAUUAAUUUCUUCGGACCACCUCCGGGAGGGAGCCAGCCAGCACAGAAACAGUCACAACCAGCGAAGAUACUUUUCCAGACAUCCAACAUUAACAAUCAGUGGCGAAAUAAGUCGAUACAGACCGAGCCGCGCGCAUCGAUGGUUGGCAACAUGCGUUCGACCGCGGUCAAUGCCGAUUUGUCCGCAGACGGCUGGAGUUCGCACGUUGCCGCAACGGAACCAUUCGGCCAGCACCGGUACACCUUCGGAACCAGUCAGUUUGAAAUAUCGGAAGCGUGGAACUCUCAUCCGGCGGCGGCUCUAAAACUGAAAAUGCUUCAGCAAGGGAAAAUAUCGGCGCAGUUUGAUCCACGGCUUUCGGAUGACGGCGGUGGCGAAGGAGGGGGAGGGGGAGAGGAUAUCGAUAGCACCCUGGCGAUUACGCAGACGGUGGCGAAAAUGUUAGGGCCCGGUUCGAGGCCAGUUUCAUUGGAGAACACCCGAGUGAUGGAGUCGGAGCCCAUGGACGUCACUACUAAUAAGGAAAACCACCCUGAUGAACCUAUGGAUACUUCUGCUAACGUUAUGGACCUUGCCGAAGAUGCAACGGUUAGCGAUGUACGCAUCCCGACUAACGCUUUGAGCAGAGCCCGGCCUUCGUUUGUUCCAAGCGCUACUCCAAUGGACGAAAGCGUUUCUCAAUCACCCGAACAAAUUGUCUCAGUCUCUGGUCAUCGGCGGAAGUCGAAGCAGCGAGCCACAUUGUUAGAAACUGUUCCAAUCGAAAAUAUUCAAGUAGAACGGGAUGGUUCACUCUUGAACCCCGGCCCAUCCCAUGAACCAUCACCCAAAAUCUCCAUCUCAUCUGGAAAUCGGAAAACUAUUGUUCAUCAUGAGAAAAUAAUCGAGGAUGAUCCCUUUCUAGGCGUUCCGCAGCUUGAGGUCAAAACUCCACCAAAGUCCAAUACGAGAAAAACUGUUUACAAUUCCAACAUGGAUCAAUCACCUGUGGCUGAACACGUAGAUAAACGUGGCCAAACUCCCAUGUUCAUGGUGGAACCCAUAAAGUUGGACUUGCCGGAAUUGAUUUUUGGUGAAAACAGUAUUGGGCUGGAGUUGACUAAGUACAACGAAACGGAGCAGCACGAAGUGAAUCGUCCCAAAAUUCACCGAAUGCCGCCCAGAAAUUUGAAGCUGGAAUUUGGUACGAUCAAAUCUGUGGAGAAACCGACCAAACCAGACGAUCAUGUCAGUACGAUUGUUAUUGAUUCGCCGGAUCCUAAAGUGCACGAAGAGCCAAAUCGCAGGACUGUUAAUGUGGUUGCGAAUAUUUCCCUUGACAAUGAAUUAUUGGAUGAUGGUAGCGACUCUAAUCCGUUGCCAUCUCGGAAAACUAACUUUCAAAACCUUGACGUUUCGGUGGAAAAGGCAGCGGAAGACAAGCCAGACGUCAAACGAGUUACGGUUUUCACCAACGAAAAGCUUGACGAGUCUGAUUGCCAGCCGAAGGAAUUGGCCAAACCACCCCGAGGGACAAUCUUUUGCAAUGAUGAUCUGGAACAAACUGCGGUGGAGUCUUGUGCCCCUCGGGGGCCUUUGGAAUCCCAGUCUGGAUCUCUGGAAGAUAUUAGAAGUAACAAUCGCAAGACUAUUCUGCGUAAAGACGACGCAAUGGAAUGCUUAUCUCCGGAUUCGGAACCGGUUGGUAGACGGUCGAAAGAUUCACGAGCGACCAACUUUAUUUUAGGCGAAAUGGACCAGUCUCGCUCCGGGGAUUCAGUUGUAAAACCCAACCUAAGACUGACUACAGCUGCUGUUCAGGACAUGGAUGAAACUGUUUGUCAAUCUCCAAAGAAAAAAUCCAUUGAGCAGCCUGGAAUAGUUACUCGCAAGACUGAUUUCCACAAUCUCGACGUUUCUGUGGACAGUCCUGUAGGUGCCCAACCAGCCAAUGUACAGGAGACAAUUUCCGUGAGUCAAUCAGCUCCAAAAAGUUUGCGACCGACAAUUUUGUUCAACCAACAAUUGGAUCAAACACGAUUGGAACCGCGUUCCGGGUCUUUGGAAGAUCUCAGAAACUAUGGCUUAUCACGCAGAACAAGCAGUGCACGCAAAACGAGCUAUCUGUUAGGUGAAAUGGAUCAAACUCGAACUGACGAGAAGGUUGUCGAUCCCAAGUCAAGAAUGAUCUCUACCCUUGUCCAGGAAAUGGAUGAAACUGCCAGUCGAUCUCCGAUCGUGACAGCGGCGGUCCCUUCAGAGAGCGGAAAACAUCGCGGAACCACGAGUUUCAAUUUGGAUAUGGAUCAAUCUAGCUGUUCACGGAAAUCGGUUGUACAGGAUGCACCUAAGCAGAAAUCGCGCCAGACUAUCAUCGCUCGUGAAAGUAUGGAACAAACGUUAGUGGACAGAGAAGUGUCUCAGCAAAUGCCUCAACGGAUAAGUGUAGUUCACCCGAAAACACGUCAAACAAUCACGGGACGCCAAAGUAUGGAUGAAACAUUGAUCGACAGACAUGUAGAGCUGCAGGAAGGACCACAGGCUCUGCUUGAAGCAAAUAUGGAUGAAACGGGAGCAGAUGUGGAGAUAGUACAACGCUCUGGGCCCAUUUCGAGAGAAUCCGGUGUAGUUAGUCAAAAGUCACGGCAUACCAGUUACUACGUAACGUCUAUGGAGGAAACUAAAGUGCAUCAAAUGGAAAAAGAUGAUCGAGAUAGCGAUUCUUCUGUUGAUAAAUCGGAUCAUCGAAUAGAAACUCGACAAAGUGUUCUGACAGAAAUGAACAUGGAUGAAACUGCUUUCAAAAGUCACACAACAACGAACAUCUCAAGGUUUCACAUCGACGAAACUAUCAGGCAAUCUCCAAUCCAACCGGAGUUCAUAAGUAACAAAACUGUUGAAUCUCGUCAUACCAGUUAUGCCACAAAGAAAAUGGAUGAAACUCUUUCCCCUACCGUUAAAUUGGAGUCAAUCAUCCUCGAAAAAUCCAAAUUAUGCGCAGACAAUACAGAACCAUCGUUAUCGAAACAAAGACCAUCGACUUAUCAGGAACAGGCAAUGGAUGAAACGGGCUACGAAACUCCCCCGGAAAACCUACCGUUGCCACCGCGAGGCAGUAUUAUUCGUUCUAGUAUUACGAUUCCAAAAUCAUCACCCCAGAUGGACAGAUUACCUGGUCGUCAAACGACAAUCUACCAGAAGGAUCCCAUGGACGAAACAACACACGAUCUGCAGAAGACUCGUGCUGCUGCGGAAGAAAUCUGUGUACAAUCUCCUCCCGUCGUGGUGCAUUCAACUGAAGUUGAUCAACUUCGACGGACGCUUGGCAUGGACCAGGACAUGGAUCGGAGCACAGCGGAAAUGUGCCAUACGUUUUAUAACCAACGAAAUAUGGAGUUGACUGCAGCUGCUGCUGGGGUGUCUGUUAAGAUGGAUGAGUUUGGUCAGUUAGCGGACGAAGAUGUGUCUACCGAAGCAGAUGCUGUUCCGGUGGAUUCUCAAAAAACUGCUGAGCAACGCAAGAGUGGUAUUGUUUGUAAAGCAAACAUCAGUUUGAACCAUCACAACCCACCUGCUGGAAUGAGCAAACCAAAUCGUCAAACAAUUCUCGUCCCUGAAGAUAUGGACCAAUCACUCGAAAUGGAUACUACUGGUGAUAUAUGUGUGCCCGAAAGAUCGCAAGCUACCCGACGUACUAUCAUCCAUCCUGACAAUAUUGCAGAGGAAUCCGCCAGGUAUUCGAUAAAGCUUGAGCUUGAGGAGUCCACAUUGAAUGUAGCAGUAUCCCCGACGUUCGUUCUACAAGAGCAAACAAAACAGGACUUUUCCUUCGCAGUUCCGCAGUUGCCGGACGACUGCGUGUUAAGAAGUGCGGCCCCAAUGCCCGCUUACAAAUCGAAUCCAACAUCGCAGCAUGCACCGCAAUUGGCCCAACCGGAGUUUGCAAAUUACUCGAUUACGGACCCGGGUGCAUCAUCCAUCAGAAAAACUAUCAACGUUGAUAAUCUGAGUGAGAUAUCCGGACUGGAACUAUCCAACUUGCAGUCGACCAGGCCACUUGGUAGGGUCACUCUUCCACCGCCAGGUGACGUUUGCAGUUUGACUCUGAAAGAAGUGCCGGAACCGAUGAUUGCUCAACCGGCACCUGUACCAGUGUCGGUCAUACAGGAAACCCCCAAAAAGGCUAGCUUGAUACCGAUACGCAAGAAUCGUGGUUCCAUCUUUGACCGGCAGUCGAUGGAUUUGGAUGAAUCUGGAAUCGCGCCAAUUCUGUCCCAGGAACAGAUCGAACAGAGUGAACCGAGCCGCGAUCUGCCAGUUGUGAGCAUGACAAAGAUUCUUGAUGCUUUGCCCCCAGUCGUGAGCGACGACGAAAUCGUUGUGAAGAACGAACCUGUAGUGGAAUCCAGUGAUGACGAAUUUUAUGACGCAAAUCAAGACCCAGAGACCCAGCAGAAUGAUGAUCAUGUUGACCAGGUCUAUGUCACAAAAGAAGCUGUUCACCGUUCAGGUUUACCGGGUCGAGGAAACUUGAAGUUCGUCGAAGUGAAUGAUAAAGAUCAAACGCAAAUAACGAUGAUUCACAAUCAGACCACUAGCGCCGAGUGCAGGACGCUCAAGUUCAUUGAUAUAGAUGAUCUUGAACAGACCACGCAGAAGCGACAGCUGUCGCGAAUAUCGAAAUCUGUACUGAUGGAACUUGAGGAUGAUCCUCUGAAUGUUUCCCUAUCCGAUGAUUAUCCUAUGAAGAAAAGGAAAACUAAGAUUCCUACUCCCAUCAAAAGGUCUACAGUAGCAUCACCAGUUGCGUCUGAACAAAAGUCCAUGAGACGUGUUACCUUCCAUCAAGAUGUGGUGGAUCCAGACGAGAACGAGAAGCGGUCAGAACUAGACGUAACAAAUCUUCCUGAAGUCGAAACGGUAACAAUUAAAGAAGAAUGUUUAACUAUCAACGUCGAUGAAGAUGAACAGACUAAAAUCGGACAAACGAUUCUAACAGAUCCCUCCGUCUUCAUCAUAGACGAAAGUGAUAUGCUGGCAAACGAGUCCAAUAUAUCAUUCAUUGGGUCUCCUCCUCCGGAGCACAACAAUCGCGGUAGCACACUGAAGUUCGACAACACCUACUAUCAGGAAUAUGUCAAUCUGACGUUGCACGUGAAUCAGACGACAAACAGUUCCUGCAUAAUUAUCAGUGAUGACUCUGUGACAGUGGCCAACCACAACAAUGGGCAGAACUCGAACACUCCACCACUGGAAAGGCGAUUAACCAUGGAGGAUCUCCCGGAGCGCAUAAAACGGACGCGGGAGUCGUUGGUGAUGAACUCGACGGUGGCAAGCGAAGUGAUGUAUGAACUGAACCAACAAAUUACCGAAGCAAAGAAAACAUGCUGCAGCUUCCAGGGGAAUUGCAACUGUCGGCACAGGCGAACCAUGGCCGUCGUCAAGCGGGAAAACGUCGAAAAGGUACGCGAGACUUGGAAUCAGAACUUCGAUCGAAUACUUGGCUCCGUGUCGGAUUUGCCCGUUCAUAGCCUGCCCUUGGAUGACCGGAUUUCAGAAGUGCUCAGCAGACCCAUGCGACCUUUGCCCCUUCCAUGUUUGGAGAAACGGAAGCCGCACCUUCCUGAAGUCCCUUCGAUACGGUUUCUCUGCGAAAAUUAUUUGACGUCUCAUAAAGCCGAUCACAAACUAUCUACAGAAUGCAGCCCAUGUGAUCUACCAGCGACUCCCAGCGUAACGGCACUGCUUUGUAAUAAACUUCAAACGGAACGGUUUCGAUGGUUUUUGGAUACAUCAGAAGAGCACAGGAUGUGCCUCUAUCUGCGACAUCGAGUGUUGCGCAGUAUUCGAUUCAAGAUUCAACUUCAAAGCUCUCGUCGCUGGUAUAGCAAAGCAGAGGACACUCGAAUCGUUCGGAUAGAAUGUAUCGAAACUCCAAGUGACCUUGUAGACUCGCCUCGGCUUCAGCUGGCACAUUCCGAGGUUGUGCGCGUUAUGCAUAAAACGGCAGUGGAUCUGCUGUCUUCACAGUACCCUACUACGGCUCACAUUAUGGGACUUAUUGUUCAUAUUGACACCACUGUUGAGCAGAUUUUUGGCAAGGUCGACCAACUGUACCGUAUCGUACGAAACAACGGCGCUAUCCUGGAACCGUUUGGAGACGGCACUCGGCAUCAAAUUGACAAGUUCUACGAAUAUCAACACGACGGAGCCGUUCAUUGGAACCGCAUCUACGUGCAGUUCGAGUCCAUCGAUCGGAUAGACCACCAUAGUGUAAUAUUCCAUCGGAAAAUGAUCAACGCGGCAUGCUUGCUCCCAACGGAGCAGCAAUGUGGGAAAAUCCCCAUCCAAGGGUUGACCUUUCUGGAGUGUUUACUGUGGAAUGUUGAAAAAAUGUCUAUUUCUUAAAACGUACCUAUAUUUAAGACGAUUGUACAGCAGUUUUUCGUUUCUAAUUUAGCUUGGCUAUAAGUUUUGUAUCUAUAGUGUUUACUAUUUUGUAAUCAAUAAAUAGGAAAAAAAUCUCAGUAUCUGAAACAACCAUGACUAGUGACUAUUCAAGUUGCUAUAGAUGAUGCAUUUCUUGUAUUUAAUUUUCCCAAUAUUGUUGACCAAUAAGUACUUUUUAUACCCUUCGGUCCUUCGGAUAAUAUAUACAUUUUUCAAA